AUGAGCUCUAGGGAAUAUCAACCGUUGUUGUUGGGGCUUGAGUCACAUUCAAACAUUGCAGAUUUGUCAUCAGAUGCUAUUGAAGAAUUCUUGGAACAUAAGCCUAUUGGAUUGAGAUGGUGGCUUAAAAUUGUUGCUUGGGAGUCAAGGCUCCUGUGGAUCCUUUCUGGUGCUUCUAUUGUUGUUUACCUUUUCACUUAUAUGCUAAGUUUUGCUACUUUGAUGUUUAGUGGACAUUUGGGUUCAGUAGAGCUUGCUGGUGCAUCUAUAGCUAGUGUCGGAAUUCAAGGUCUUGCGUAUGGAAUUAUGUUGGGAAUGGCGAGUGCGGUGCAAACUGUGUGUGGACAAGCUUAUGGAGCGAAAAAAUAUGCAGCAAUGUGCAUCACAUUGCAAAGAGCGAUCAUUUUACACUUCGGAGCAGCGGUGAUUCUCACGUUUCUCUAUUGGUUCUCUGGCGAUUUUCUGAAACUCAUAGGACAGGUAGAUAGCAUAGCCUUGCAAGGCCAAGUUUUCGCGCGUGGACUUAUUCCUCAACUCUAUGCAUUUGCAUUUAGCUGUCCGAUGCAGAGGUUUCUACAAGCGCAGAACAUUGUUAACCCUCUGGCGUACAUGGUGGUUGGAGUAUUCGUUCUUCACGUGCUUCUUAGCUGGCUAGUUGUUUAUGUUCUAGACUAUGGACUUCUCGGGGCGUCUCUUACUCUCAGCUUUUCUUGGUGGGUGCUUGUUUUGUUAAAUGCAUUGUACAUUGUUCUUAGCCCGAAAUGCAGAGAAACUUGGACGGGUUUCAGUAUGAGAGCUUUCGUAGGAAUUUGGCCUUACUUCAAGCUAACAGUUGCUUCUGCUGUCAUGUUAUGUCUGGAGAUAUGGUACAAUCAAGGACUAGUACUCAUAUCAGGGUUGCUUUCUAAUCCAACAGUGGCAUUGGAUUCUAUUUCCAUUUGCAUGAAUUAUCUGAACUGGGAUAUGCAACUUAUGUUGGGCCUAGGUACAGCAGCCAGCGUGCGAAUAAGCAAUGAACUAGGAGCGGCUCAUCCGAGAGUAGCAAAAUUUUCUGUAUAUGUAGUGAAUGGAAAUAGUGUCCUCAUUAGCAUAGUUCUUUCCGCGAUUAUGUUGAUAUUCCGGGUUGGUUUGAGCAAGCUUUUCACUUCUGACACUGAUGUCAUUGAUGAAGUAUCUGACUUGACUCCAUUGCUUUGCAUUUCUGUCCUACUAAAUGGCAUUCAACCUAUACUGUCAGGGGUUGCAAUUGGAAGUGGAUGGCAAGCUUUAGUGGCUUAUGUAAACUUGGCUUGUUACUAUGGUAUUGGUCUUACUGUUGGAUGCGUUCUUGGAUUUAAAACUUCUUUAGGAGUAGCGGGCAUCUGGUGGGGAAUGAUCCUUGGAGUUCUUAUACAGACUGUUACACUGAUCAUUCUGACUGCAAGAACAAAUUGGACUGCAGAGGUUGAAAAGGCUGUUGUUCGCGUCAAGAGGUCUGCUGAAGAUGAUACCUUGGAUCAACUGGUUGCCAAUAUAUAG